GGCAGCCCCGGCGGCGGAGCUAGCGGAGGCUGCUGGCGGGGAGGAGGAUGAGGCGGAGGAGGAGGAGGAGGGGGCGGCUGCAGGCGGGGCCGGCGGCGUGAUGAAGCUGGCCAUCAUGGGGCUGCCCAAUGCGGGCAAGUCCACGCUGCUGAACCGGCUGCUGGGCGAGGAGCGCUCGCUGACCGGCCCCGAGCCCGGCCUCACGCGGGAUGCCGUACGCGCCUCCUGGAUGUACGGCAGCCAGCCGGUGGAGCUGGUGGACACGGCGGGGUGGAUCGGGGUGGGGGACACAGCCAGCUACGACGACGUGGGCGGCGAGGUGGCCUCCAUGUCCCGCCGCGCCGCCUUCAAGUCGCUGGCGCAGGUGCAUGUGGUGCUGCUGGUGGUGGACGCCAGGAGGGCGCUCAGCAGCCAGAGGGUGCUGUCCCGUCGCGAGAUCUCGCUGGCCCACUCGGUCAUCCGCGAGGGCAAGGCGCUGGUGGUGGUGGCCAACAAGGCGGAUGCGCUGUCGGCACACGAACGCAAGGUGUAUGUGGAGGCUCUGCGUCGCAACCUGUCGGAGCGCUUCCUGGAGGCGGGCCACGUGCCCAUCCUGCAGGUGUCCGCGCGGGAGGGGCAGGGCGUGGAGCGGCUCAUGCCCACCGUGGCGGAGCUGUACGGCGCAUGGAACAAGAGGGUGUCCACUGCGCGUCUGAACCGCUUCGUGCAGCGGCUGUCCCUGCGCAUGGUGGGCAGCGGCAUGGACUCCACCAUCGCACGAAUCAAGUUCAUGGCACAGGUGAAGUCCCGGCCGCCCACCUUCAACGCCUUCGUGUCGGGCAGCCGGCAGCAGCCCAUGCCGCGCAACUUCGAGGCCUUCCUGGCGCAGCAGAUCCGCGAGGUGAUGGGCUUCCAGGGGGUGCCCGUGCGCAUCUGGUUCAGGUACAAGGAAACGCGUGUGGAGCGGCAGAAGCGGCUACGCGCGCUGGCUGCCAGCCGCAAGACGCUGGGCGGGGCAGCUGCCGCCAGCGCGGCUCGGGAGGACGCCGAG